AGUGGGUUGGACGUCGGGUCUGGAAACAGCGAAUGAAAAGAGACAAUCCCACCCACAUUUAUUCACUUUACUCCUAAACUUUUCCCCCCUUUUUUUUGGGGGGGGGAUAAACACUUUAAACAGGACUUAACAAAAUUGGGGAGCCCCCCCUUGUCCUCGUGGGUAACACGGAGUCAUGAUUCUCCUUUAAAUUCAUCCUUGUCUGGAUCUGCCACUGGCAUCAACAGCAGCACCGCUGCUGCUGCUUCUUGAUGUUGUGAUCGGGAAUACGCAUGCGCCCGGUAUUGGAAAAUACUGCACUGGCGAGAACAACUUAGACCUCGGCAAGUCUUCACUAAAAUAAACCCCCCAAAAAAACACAUUUUAUUUUGGAAUGGCAGCCCUAAGAGUGAGAGGGACGAGGACGACGUGUGGCUGGUUGAUCUUCUUCAUGGCAGCUGUUAUGCGCUCUCAAAGUGGCAGUGUCAAUGACCCCAGCAAUAUGCCUUUGGUCAAAGAAACGGUGGACAGACUGUUGAAAGGUUAUGAUAUACGACUGAGGCCAGAUUUCGGAGGUCCUCCAGUUGGAGUGGGAAUGAAUAUAGACAUAGCCAGCAUAGACAUGGUAUCAGAAGUCAAUAUGGACUACACAUUGACAAUGUACUUUCAGCAGGCCUGGCGAGACAAGCGGCUGUCCUACUCAGAGAUCCCACUCAAUCUGACCUUAGAUAACCGGGUGGCUGACCAACUCUGGGUCCCUGACACAUACUUCCUCAAUGACAAGAAGUCAUUUGUUCAUGGUGUCACGGUGAAAAAUCGAAUGAUUCGACUGCAUCCAGAUGGCACCGUAUUGUAUGGACUAAGGAUUACUACAACAGCUGCUUGUAUGAUGGACCUAAGAAGGUAUCCGCUAGAUGAGCAAAAUUGCACACUUGAGAUAGAGAGUUAUGGUUACACCACUGAUGACAUUGAAUUCUACUGGCGAGGAGGAAAUAAUGCUGUGACAGGGGUGGACAGGAUUGAACUGCCCCAGUUCUCCAUUGUGGAUCAUAAGCUCAUCUCCAAGAACGUUGUCUUCUCGACAGGCUCUUAUCCACGCCUUUCCCUCAGUUUCAAGCUGAAGAGGAAUAUUGGAUAUUUCAUCCUGCAGACAUACAUGCCCUCCAUCCUCAUCACCAUCCUCUCAUGGGUUUCCUUCUGGAUCAACUAUGAUGCCUCUGCAGCCAGGGUGGCUCUAGGUAUUACCACGGUGCUCACCAUGACAACUAUUAACACCCACCUGAGAGAAACCCUUCCCAAAAUCCCUUAUGUCAAGGCCAUAGACAUGUACCUCAUGGGCUGCUUUGUGUUUGUCUUCCUGGCACUGCUGGAGUAUGCACUGGUGAACUACAUCUUCUUUGGCCAGGGUCCUCAGCGUCAGAAAAAGGCUGCUGAGAAGACAGCAACCGCAAACAAUGAAAAAAUGAGGAUGGAUCCUAAUAAGUGGCUGGUGGGAAAUGUAGUUGGCAGAGAUGAUACUCUGUACGCAAGAAUGAAGCAAAGGGACCUAGCUGGCCAUGAUUCAAUGUGGGAGCCAAUCUUUAUGGACGAUGCAGCUAUUGGGCUUGGUGACCAAAAGAACAAGAUGGAUGCACAUGAAAACAUCCUCUUGGGAACACUGGAUAUCAAGAAUGACAUGGGUGUUACAGAGUUGGCUCUGGGUCUAAAUGACCCACGCAAUACCAUGUUAACAUAUGACAGCUCAAAUCUGCAAUAUCGCAAAUCAGGGCUGGCAAGGCACAACUUUGGGCGAAAUGCACUGGAGCGCCACAUGACUCAAAAGAAAAGCCGACUACGGAGGCGCGCCUCACAGUUAAAAAUCACUAUCCCAGACUUGACUGAUGUGAACUCUAUUGACAAAUGGUCACGGAUGAUCUUCCCAACUGUUUUUUCCUUCUUUAACAUUAUUUACUGGCUGUACUAUGUCAAUUAAAGACAGACAGGACAUGAGUGAAAGCAAGAACAGCAAGACAAAUAAGAAUUUAGGGUCUGUGUUUGACUGACGUCCUAUUUAUGUUAUGUAAAACUAGAUGGAGUCGUAUUCGGGACUGGGUCUAUAAUUUGUUGGAUGACAAUUAUUGCUGGUUAACACUCAAAAACCUUAUGAAAAAGAGAUUACUUACUUAUAAGGUGCCUGUUCCUGAAUAUUUGUUUAAACUGUUACAUGCUUUCUUUUGAUAGUGUAUUUUGAUGUUUCUAGGUUUGUCUGCCUUUUUGUUAAUUAUUUAUUUAUUUAUUUAAGUUAUUUCAGAUUUAAAGUACAUACUUUAGAUCUAAACUGAGAUAAAAACUAUUUCAAAAUUGUGUUUACUUCCACUGAGGCUGCUAUAAAAGUAAUGUGACUAACUUAAGGUCGACAGGGUUAUCUCACAGCAAUCAUGACAAGAACUAAAGGCUAGCACUGAUCUAUCUAGCUGCAUGAAAUUGCUUAUA